AGCCGUCUACGGCACCGCUGUCCGCAGCAAACACACACAUACACGUACGUACGUAUUGUUACUCUGUACCUGCCUCCGCGCUCAACUUGAACUCUUGUUAGCGCGCGCCACUCUGUGCUAUACGGGCGCGCUCGAUGGUCCACACCGCGACGCGUAGAUCCCCCGAUGAUCCAUCACGGUUCCGAAACUUUCGCGAAGGAUCUUCAGUGUCUGUGUCCGAUUUGGCGCGAAAAUUUUGACAGUUCCAGGGAACCAGUGCACGCUCCGUAAAAUAGGGGAUUUAAGAUUUAUUCGUGGUGGUGUUACUAAGUGGUUUAUCCUGUUCUACCUCCAGGAACAGAUCGACGGGGACAGCUGAGGUUUAGGAUACAUAAAUCACGGGUUGUGAUGUGACAGGGUGAUCAAAACAUUGUAGUCAUUCAGAGGUCACAGAAUCGAAAAUUCCCCACCGACGACUGACUAACGACGUUUUACGGUCCAUAACCGUGUGAUAAAUGAUUAAUAAAUAAUCAUAGACCGCCGUUUCAACGAAUAUCAUUGUGGAAAAUAAUAAGAAUAAACUAGACAGAGCUUGUUCGGACGUAAAUUUUACGAUUAUAGCCUUAUAAAAGACAGCGGUCAUAACGUCCGAUUUAUUAUGCUGUAAAUAGCGAAUCAAGAUUUCUCAGAUCGAGUGAUACGAAAAAAUGCCCCGUCAGUGAUAAAAAUUAGUUUUUGGAGGCCGACGAUUGACGUAUAGUACACGCAGUGAUUUACCUCCGCCUCUUUUUCGAAAAAAAAUUCGGGUUGGACUUGCGCGGUACUUAGAUCUGGGCGGCGAGAUGGAAGAGGGGUGGGAGAGCCACGUGUCCCCCCUGAUGAUGGGGGUCGGGAUGGGGGACAUGGAGGGACUGGGGGAGUUGGCCCCAUGCGGGGGCGGCGGCCACGAGAUUGCUGGGGAGAUGAUACCGCAACAUCACCAUGGAUUGAGGGGCCCGCACGGGGAUAUCAACGGGGAAAUGCACCACGAUAUCGACAGGGGGAUGGGGUCGGACAUGGCACAUGGGAUUCGGGAACACCUAGCCAGGGGGAUGAACGCCCCCCAUGAUUAUUUUGGACAGGAGCUUCUAUCGGCGAACGCCGGCUCAUCUCCGGUCUCCGGAGGCGGUUCCUUGAGCCCCGGAGGUUCCGCCGGUCUACCAGGGACCCUUUCUCCCGGAGGAACCUCAUCCACAGGUCCAACGCAAUGCUGCGAGUCCGGGCGACCCCUGAUGACCGAUCCCGUGACCGGUCAGAGCAUGUGCUCGUGUCAGUACGACAGCGCGCGGUUAGCCUUACAGUAUCCGAGAGGCGUGAGCAUGUAUGGGACCCCUUACCCGUCCACCGACCAAAAUCCCUACCCCAGCAUAGGGGUUGAGUCUUCGGCCUUCUAUUCACCUCUGACGAAUCCUUACACGCUGAAAGAUACGGGUGCUACAGGUACAGACAUGAGCGCUUGGACCAGUGCUGGUCUACAGCCAACCACAGGAUACUAUCCGUACGAUCCUGCGUUAGCCUAUGGGUACGGCGCUGGCUACGACCUGGCGGCGAGAAGAAAAAACGCCACGAGAGAGUCGACAGCCACCCUCAAAGCGUGGCUGAACGAGCACAAGAAAAACCCCUACCCGACCAAAGGUGAGAAGAUCAUGUUGGCCAUCAUCACCAAGAUGACGUUGACGCAGGUGUCGACGUGGUUCGCAAACGCCAGGAGAAGGCUGAAGAAGGAGAACAAGAUGACGUGGGAGCCCAAGAACAAAACCGACGACGACGACGACGCCACUGUUUCGGACUCGGACGACAAAGACAAGGAUGACGAUGAUAGGAGGGAUGCUGCAGAUAUACACGGUAGGAUAAAAUCGGAAAGAAGCAGGGGGCAGGAUGACGACGACCUGCAGGACGACGACAGGAAGGACGACAUCUUGGGCACUAACAUGCACCACAUCAUGAGCAACGGUUACGGAAUGAAACCCGAAAUGAAGACCUCGGACUGUGGGGUACCUUUACCACCUAGCAAACCCAAAAUAUGGUCCCUUGCCGACACCGCGGCUUGUAAGACACCACCACCACCUCCCCCAGCUCAGCAUCAGCAAUGGCUAGGUAAUAACGGUUUCGCUUUACCGAGUUCGAGGUACAGCACGGGAGGAUUCUUACCUAGUCAUUGUCAACAGGGCUUCCCGGAUGUACAGACAGACACCCCGCCGCAAACGCCGCCCAAUAUGACGUUGCCCAGCGUCGCUGGUAACCUUACGCCCAGUCAAGGCGCCACCAACUGCAAUGGCGGCUCUUCCACCUCCAGUAGCGGGUACACGCAGUCGGGGUUCCUGGGGGGAUUCGCGAGGAUGCAGGGCUCCAACCAACGGCCUUCGCCGCAGGCUGGUCAGAACAUGACGCCGGACAACGCGGCCUUCAAGCCUUUUUACAAAUCCUCCCAGAGCAUGAACGGAGGUUUCGUGACGCCAGUCUAGAGUUCCUGAACACUCUUCCAGAUGGGGCGAGUGCGAAGGUGAGAGCGCCUAUGAACGAGAACCGGGCAAAGUGCAACGAAAUAUCAUUCAGGGGUGGAAAUCAAGGUGCGCAGCACGUUGACAAUUGCAAAAUCUGUUGUAUAUUCGUGUGAAGGCAUUUAUUUAUAUCUGUGAUAAUGAACAAAGCAAACUGCUUGCCGCUACAACCGGCGGCAUGGACUUUUUGGGUAAAAAAUUGUAAAAGACGAAUUUCGUCGGUAUGUGCAAGUGACAGUCAAAUCAAAUAUACAACCAUCCGCUGUUAGACGGAACAUUAAGUAAGAAUUGAGAACAAACCUUGUGAUUCCCAGAUCUUCACGAAUAAAAUUGUUAUUGUAAUUUUUACGAUUUCUCUAAAACCAUAGCGAUCGGACCAGUGUGGUUGCUUCAGAUUGACUGUUUUCAACUAUUUUAUUGUUAUCGAUUUUUCUUUUAUUAAAUAAAUUGUUGUAAAUAAAAGUACCAUAUCACAAAUUUGUAAUAAAAUAUGUUAUUGAAACUAACGUUUUGUUGUCAUUUCUAGCCCUAAAUUAUUGUACAGUAUUGUAUUUGUAAAUAAGUCAGUGUGUAUAGAAGGAUUCAGAUACUAUUAUGAUUGUCUUAAUUGAAAUAUAAAAAGAUUUUAA